GACCAGUUUAAAAAAACUCUCGUGUUCGGCGUUUUCUUCUUCUAGCUCUCUCUCUCUCUCUCUGUCACUCUAGGGUUUUUCGAAUCUUCCUGCGCGAUGCCAAGAUACUACUGUGAUUAUUGCGACACUUAUCUGACCCACGAUUCCCCUUCGGUCAGGAAGCAGCACAAUGCUGGUUACAAACACAAGGCAAAUGUGAGAAUAUACUAUCAACAAUUCGAGGAACAACAGACACAAAGUUUGAUUGACCAAAGGAUCAAGGAACAUCUCGGCCAAGCAGCAGCAUUCCAGCAGGUUGGUGCGGUAUACAAUCAGCAUAUGCUCGCCAGACCCAUCCUGCCCCGACCCAUCCCUCCUCCUGCAAAUCUACCGAUGGGGAUGAGGCCUCCCGUCCUGCCCAGACCCAUGCCAGGUUACAUGCAUGCUCCCGGGGUACUACCGAUGAUGGCACCACCUGGUGCUCCGCUACCUCCACAGGGCGGGCCUCUGAGACCAAUGGGCAUGGCUCCAAUUCCAGUUCCUGGGAGUGCUGCACCGCCCUCUUUGAACGGAGCCCCUCAUCCUUAUCAACUUAAUCCAGCAGCAGCACCACCAGCUAGUGCUGGCUUCGAUGAUUUGAAUGACAAUGCCGAAUCUCCAGAGCAGAAUCAGUAGUUAGCCGAGUGCCAUAUUUGUAAACGUCCAGGUUUUCCAUAACUUAAAUCAGAUUUUGUUAUCGUUUUCAAACUUUAUUAAGAAAUAUGGAAUAUGCAAUGUGAAUGAGAUCGGGAACCAGAAGUUAUAUGUUAGUGGACGAGGUUGGUUGGGAGUUUCA